CGAGCCAGGCCAUUCCCUGCCGCCGCUCCUGCGCUUGAGGAGAGCAGCGAGGGGGCGGUGGAACGCCGACGGGGACGGACAGACCUUCCCCCAACCAAAGGAACGCGACCACUUACCUGCCGAGCCUCCAGCGACGACUUGCCCUACAGUGUUAACACAGAUGAGGAUAUUAAUUUUGAAUCAGAAAUCCUUCACGUUAUCUUCAAAGCAAUUCUGAAUACCUUGUGUGAUCUUGAGCAUCUUGAAAUAGAACUAGGAGGCUAGAUUUUCUGGCACCUCUUCAAGAGAAGGAAAAUAAAGGUUACACUGAGUGGGAAAGGAGAUUAUGGGAACUGAGCCAUGUAAAGAACUCCUGCAAAACACAGAACAAAUCAUCAGGAUGUGCAGAGGCUUGUGAUCUUCUGUAUUGAUCAGCUAUAACACAGCAACUGAAUGAAAAAGGUAUUCAAGGGACUCCUGAAACAUGCCUCAUCCUGACCACAGUCACUUCAGAUCAAGGACCACUCAUUUUGGGAUGUGUUGGUUUUGCUUGUAGCAGCCUAGACCACCAUGGUUAUGACAUUCCUCCUCUAAUCACAAAGGCCCAGUGUGCAGCUUGGUUUACUGCAGACGUGAAGGAAUCCCAGUGCCGGUGUCCAUGCAGCACUGGUGUGGCCAGUCUGGCUUUGUGCACAGUGGCCACAGUUGUGGACUCGUGCUCGCCCUGUAUGGGAAGGAGCCGUUUUGCCAUCAGCCCUUAUAGCUCUGCCGUUCUUCAUAUUUAUUCAUCAAAUUCUCUUUGAGAUUUUUUUUCAUGCUUUACUGUAUAUGUUUAUGUACAAGCAGCAUGGCUGAACUGGGUUCCCUGCCUUUGUUGCACAUAUGCCACAUUGAAGAAAAUAAAAUUCUCUUGUUGUUUUUUGUUUUGUUUUGGGUUUUUAAUUUAUUUUUUUUAUUUCUCCCUGACUUUCUCUAAUUCUAAGCCUUUCUUAAAAAUUCCAAGCUUUCCUUAAAAUAAAGUUUCUCUGUAAACUGUAGCCCUUACAUACAAAGUAUACUUGAGCCUGCACAGUAGCAAGUACUUGGUUUGAGACAUAGUUGACUUUCUUUGAAGUCAAUGUAUAUAUGACUGAGGUAGUAAAACAUUGGGGAUACUUAGUUGAAGUGAUGUUAAUUAAUUGUGCUAAGUAAAUAAACUAUUCGGUUGGUGCAUUUGGAUAAUUUAUAUUUAAGCCCAAAAAAUUGCAUGGUAAAGUGAUAUUUCAUGAACCACUGAAAGGCUCAUGUUCAGCUUAGACUAAUCUCUGUAUUAAACUGCUAAUGUUAUGGCAUUCAAUAUAAAAUUGUCACUGCCCUUUAACAGGAAAAAGACUUUCUUGGUUAUCUUUUUUAGCUAUUUAAAAAUAUUUUUUAAAAAAUUUAAGCUGUGUGUUAGUAAUUUUCUAGAACCACCAACUUCAGAACUCUGCUUUCUGCUUCUAAUUCUUCACAGUGAUUACUUUUUUUUUGGUCAUUUACAUGCAGUGCUACAUUUUCUCUUCUAAGCUGGUGGUUUUCUUUGUUACAAAAUCCCGCUAUUUUUUUAUGCUGGUUUUUGGCCUGCUAAAUGUUCAAUAUGUCCCUUUAGCAGUCUUAUUCCUUGAACGGAUAUUCUGAAAGACACAUUGUACAUGUCUAAAAAGGAACUGUGGGGUUGAAGCCCUAGAUAAAAUUAAAGCCUGAGUAUAUAAAAAAAAAGAUUUUUAAAAUGUCAAGAUAAUGAAAAGUCAGAAAAUAAAUUAUACCUAUUAUUAAUUUUGAAUUGUAUUCAAACAUAGAAGUAUGUAACAUAGACAAAAGCUGGUUACAGUGAGAUAAAAUUCAAUUUUACACUAGGAUAAUUGUUUUAUGUAUUUUACAUUUAUUUAUAAGAUCAGAUAAAGGCUUGGAAUUCUCAAUAUAAAUCACAGUAUGGUCCUAAUGAAUGCCAAGGUCAGUAAAUGGAAAUCCCUUCACUUGCAAAACACAUAACUAUUGUGGAAAAUAGUAAGUGAAUAAAAUGAAACUGAUUAGCACCAUCUUUCCUACUAUUAAUUCUUUACUUGCAUUAUAAUUUUAGCGCUUUGAGUAUUUUUGGUUUUCAAAGUAGUGAGCAGGUAUUAAUGCUCUCAGUGUCCUCCUACCUGUAGCCAAAUUAACAUGUCUUUGUUAAGAAGAGAUUAAUGCAAAGCUUGCUUGAGGUCUGUGGGUGGAAAUGGAACUGGUGCUACAAUAGCAUUGAGAAAUCAGAUUGGCCCUGUUCAGAUGGUAGUGCAUGUGCUGGAGGUGUAGUUGAUGGGAUUCAAAUGCUGUGUAGAUGAUGGAGCCCAUGAUUUAAGAAUCCAUUUCUGUAAUAAAUUGCUUCCUGUCAGGAGCAUCUUCUAUCUUGAAGGCUUAUUUUAUCCAGAAUUGGAUCUCUGGUAUGUCUCUAAGAGAAAGAAAUUUAAGUAUUUAUCAGAUUUGGCAGGACAGUAAAAUGGAUUUCAGAUCCUCACAGAGACCAUACACUGUUGAUUAUUUUAUGCUGUAAGGAGGUGGCUCAGGUACCUCAGCUGACCCUCUAUGUCAGUCUGAACUAAAGAAUGAGACAACCUCCAGGUAACCAAAUUGCAAGACAAAAUUUGAAACACAUGUGUAGCUGACUGAAAUGACUGCCACUCAUUUUACCACAAAUAUUUAAUAAAUAAGCUGUAAUGUUCACUGACAGGUUUCUCCAUAUGCAGGGUACUGGAGCUUUUGAGUCUUAGGGUGAUAAGAAAUACACUUCUUGACAUGGCAUCCACUUCACACAGAAUGUUACGAGACCUGACAGGUAUUUUGUCAAGUUGGAUAUUUUUUAGAAGUGUUGGCUUCCAAAACAUGUCUUGAUAGCUGCCCUUACUGCACAGAAACAGUGAUUUCUCCAUCUGUUGCUUUUUACAGACACCAUGUUUUCUGGGCUUCUGUAAAUGUACCUGUGUCACUGAGGCCAGCCACUGUUAUCUGAGUUAGAUUGUGUCAGAGAGUAGUGGUGGUGAGUAGUGACCCAACAGCCCUAGGGUGCUCAUCUGGUGCCACUGAACAGCUCUUCUAGCUAAUCCAAAAGUAAAUGAGGAACAUAGGAAAAGAUUGCCAACUCCAAAUCAACAUAGUUACACAGAAUUGAAAGAGAAGCAUACAGCUUCAUUUGAAAGGCUCCUGUAAGGAACUCAGUGUUCUGCGAUAUGAGUUCUGAAAGCUUCAAGCAAAAACUGGACUCUGUGCCAGAUCAAACAAGUUCAGAAGAACAAAUGGAGAACUGGUCAAAAGAAACACACAUCCUGCAACAGAAAAAAGAAGAUUUUUGUGUUGAGUUUCAGUUCCAUCAGAAUUCUCAAAAAAAACAAGAGUUUUUCAUCCAGCCAGAAGCUGAAGUACGAAAACUUUCAGAUUGGCCAGUAACCAGUCAAAGAAGAGGAGCCCAAAAUUAUUGUAAUUCCAGUCCUGAAGAAUCAAGCACCAUGGAAAAAAAGGCUAACAGGAUGCUCCCUGAAUUUAUAUCCCCUUGGAAGGAUGCUGUGGAUUUUGGAGGAAAAACAGAAACUGCAUUCCUUUUAAAAGAAUUGGACACUCUCAGGGCCAAAAAUAAAAAGCUUCAAGAUGAACUCUCUGAAAAGGACAAGGAGCUGAAGACAAUAAAACUGGACUUAGAACUGCAAGAGAGAGCUUCAGAAGCUAAGAUUGCAGAAAAGAUUGCAGCUCUGGUGGAAGAAGUUUAUUCUGCUCAACGGGAACGUGAUGAGGCUGUCAUGGCAAGGCUUAGGUUAGCCAAUGAAGAGAGAGAUGAAGCAUUUCUACGAGUCCAGCGCUUAGAAGAGUCUCUCAAAGAGCUAGAAAAUAUUAACCCUGAAGAAAAUGACAUGACAUUACAGGAAUUACUGAACAGAAUAAACAAUGCAGACACAGGAACAGAUAUACUGAAGAAUGGAGCUAUAAUUCUGAAUCGAAUACACAGGACCAAAGAACGUAAAAAGAAAAUAAUAGCCGAGGAAAUGAAUGCAGUAAUAGAACAACGUGAUGCUGCUUUGUUUCAAUGCAAACGGCUGGAGCAGGAGCUUCAUCAUCUGAAAGAGCAGAACCAGACUUCAGCAAACAACACGAGACAUCUGACUGCUGAAAACAAUCAAGAACGUGCUCUGAAGGCAGACUUGAUAGCCUUGCAACAAGAAAAAGAGGCUGCUCUUCAACAGUGCAAAAAAUUAGAAGGAGAAAUCCAGACAUUGCGUGUUUAUUACAGCUUAUACAAAUCUUUGUCUGAAGGAAUGAGUCUGAAGGACCAGCAUAGCUGUGUGUUUGGUACUUCUGAGGGUGGACUGCAAGGCAGGGAGGAUGUUGUGACCCUUACCUAUGGCCAGAUUGAAGAUCUGGCAGCUCAGCUGCAGCAAGCUCGGUCAGAGCAAAGGGACACAGAGCUGAAGCUCCAGAAAGCCCUGGAGGCUUCACAGGAGGCCAAUGAAAAAGUUCAGAAGAAAGAAGUCAGGAGAGUUACAGAUUUGCAUAAAAUACUUCAGUGGACUGAAAACAAAAGAAAACUAAGCAAUCUUCUUAAUAAGCACAUAGUUUUAUCCAAGGAAAUUGCCAUCUCUCAUAAAAGAAAUACUACCCUUAAUAACAUUAGAUUUACCUCUUAAGAUGUGAUUUUUCAGCCACCUAACUUUAAUUGUUACUGGAACACACCCUUUUUUGAGUAGUCCUGGAUUUCUGUCCAGCAUUUCUGAACGUGCUUUCUCUGCUUUCGUAGCUGCUCACUUAGGUUUGAUCUUUAACUGAUGCUGAUAAAUAAGUCAGUCAAUGACACAACAAAAACAAACAGUUCUUACCAGUAUUUGACACAGUUGAAAAGAAUACAAGAAUAGAAAGAAAUAAGUAGCAAGCAUUUAUUAAGUGGUUAGAGUCCCCCUUUUCUGUAAGUAAAACUCAUCUGCCUUCCAAGUACGGGAGCUGUGUGUGUUUCACAUCAACAUCCAAGACGUUCUCCAGUGCUGGCUGGAGGACCUAAUCUUUCCCAGAAUGAUCCGAGCAGUGCAGUUCAAGAACAAGAAUGAAUAUUUGAAUAAUCGCACCACAAUGUGAGGUGACCCUCCGACAGGGGACUGACCAGAUACACAUAUGGAUUUUGGGAUGAUGCUGUGAUGCUCUUUUUUGACACAGCUGUGAGAAGAAUGUGGCUAAGACCCAGUAGUCUUUCUGGAGUAUAACUGGCAAAGGAAACCAUGAGGAGAAGAGAAUUUAACACAUGGGUGUAAGAGACUCCGCUUCAUUGAUGCGAUCUGAGGGGAAUGUCUAAUGACUGGAAGAAUCAAACUUGGCAAUGAAAACACAAAGCUCUUUUCAUCAAUUCAAACGCAGACUCUAAAGCUGCAGAUGGUUACCUCCAGCCUUGCCUAUUCAGUGUGGGGUUGUGUAAAAUGGCACUUUGGUGAAUACUAAUAGAUCAAAACAAAGAUUUAAUAACAUAAAGAUGUGGUGUUCAUUUUUUAAAUGAGGAUACAGGUCAGUGUCUCAGAAAAGAGUGAAAUAAGUAUCUUUAUGUAUGGGUCUAAAGUCCCUGGAGAUUUUUAACUGCAAACAUAUCUUUAGUGUGCAGAUUGUAUUCAGUACAGCACAGCUAUGCAAGGGAACAGGCUAAAAGCAAGAUUUCUGAAUUAUUGUACAAACUGAGCCUCUUUGCAACAUGCAAAUGUUGUUAACUACUUAUCUCCCUUUUAAAAUCAUACCUACAUAUAUUUAGUUGAAGUAUACAUUGUAGCUUGUAUGCUUUCAGUCACUCCUUGUAGAUAAGAAUGGAGCUAGUUAAUUAGAAUUUGCAGGCAGAAGCACUACACAAAAGAAACAAGUUUUGCAUUCACUGAGACUUAAAGCUAUUUGUUUUGGAGGAACCACCAAAUGUCACAUAACUUGCCUGGCUUUAUUUAAAAUUUUAGAGAUACAUUUCUUUAAUUUUCGUAUUUCAAAACAAUAAAUACAAUUUAAUGUCAUACUUUAUUGAGGUGUUAAAUUUAAAUGUUCAGACUUCCCUGCUAAAACUGAGCUGUGCUUUUUUUUUUACUGUAUUCUGGUGAAUGUCAGAUCAGCACAUUAUCUACGGGAGGCUAGGAGUACAGCUUCAGAGAUACUAGUAGUUUCAAUGAUUUGUGUCAGUUAACAAUUUAGCAGAUGUCAAAAGUGAUUUUGCUUUAAUGAAAACCACUGUGCUGCCUGGUGCUGUGAAGUUCUGCUGGGAUUGAAUAGUUGGUAAUCUUUUAAUAUCAUAUAGAGAGUAAUUUAAUUGGUGCUGGCAUUUUGAAAUGUAAAGUAAGUUCUGGUGACUUGUUGAAGAAUGUAGAUGUGGAGCUAGUUUCUUAGUUACAGCAAACUGGCUUUGCUAUGUCGCGCUGAGUUGCAUUAAUUUGUCCCAGUUAAGGAUGUGACCUGUACUUUACUAAGAAACAGAUGCUGGUGGGUAAGUUCAAGAGGCGAGCGAGUGAGGGCGAAGUGCUAAGAAUCUUUUACUCACUAUAGCAAGCCACAGAAGUCAGUGGUUAUGAGAGUUUGUACAGAAAGAAAUGGGGAACUGAGGAAGACAACUCUUAUAGCAGUCUAAGAUAACCAUGAAAAUUAGCAAUAGUUCUGGACUUUCAGAACUGCAUAAAAAUUAUUAAAGGAGAUUCAACAUGGAAAAAACUGCUUGAUGAGGACUGAUGUGUUGGCUGCCUCAUGCAAUGAUUAAAAGCAGAUUAUAAGCUCCAUGGGGCCCAUAAGAGAUACACAAUCUCCACAGGCAGGGUUUUAUGGUGUUUAGGAAACCCAAACUAGCCAGAUGGAAGAUUCCCAGACACGCAAAACUCCCACAUACCCCAAAGAAUUCUGCAGAGUGCAGCAGAGCUGAUGCAAAAUUUCUUUGGCAUGCACAACAUGAAUAAGAACAUGAGAAAGUCUAAAACAAAAUGUAGUAACAAUCACAUCGUAUCAUGUGAAAACAUUGCUAUUAACUAGGGUAGCAAAAAAGGCAGUGUGAAUUUUUUUGGUUUAGGGGCAACAGGCUUGGAAGUAGCCCACUUUAGGAAUUUAGUGAGGAAUUAACACUAAUUGAAAUGUGUGAAUAAAGAUGUGUCAUCUAACUGAAAGAAGUACAUAGUAGGGUCAGAAUUUAUUUAAAUACUUGGAAUUCUGUGCUAACGCCAGUGACUCCUCUCAGAAAAAUCCCCGUCAGACUGUACUAAUAUGCACAGUGAAAUGAUUAAUUAAAAAGUCUUGUAAAGUUACCUGUUUGUUGUAAUAAAAGAAUUGAGUAAGCCAGUGAGGUUAUGUGCAGACUCUGAGAAAUUCAACAUGUGGAGUGUAAUCAGUUUUCUGGGUCUGGAGGAAAUAAAAUAUUGAACUAGUAUUCAAAGCCAAGGUGAGCUGAAUAAAUUCAGUCACUGGUGGCAUAUCCUCUGGACUGUUGUACAUAUACUGCAUUUCUAUAUCACCAGGCACCACUAGCCUUGGUAAGGCUAACUUAUUAUUCAUGCUGUACAAAAGGGAAUAUAUCACUUUUGCAAAGCUGUAAUGUAUUUUCUGCAUUGGAUUAUAUGAUUUCUGUUGGAUGAUGAUUCACUUGCCAAUUUUUGAAUUGUGUACUCCAUGUUACAGCCCAAGUAAAAUUUUCAGGCCGUGAUGGAGGGAGCGCUUGAUUAGUACCACUAAACUGAUAACUUCCCGGCCCAAAUAAGGGAGGACUUGAGUUAGCAUAAACAGGAAACUUCUGACUGAAAAAAUACAAAACAAUUGACUUUUUGUCUUUUCUGCCUGUAUUCCUUGGAGACCCAAAUGAAGAAGCAGGUGCUGAACCAGAGUGAUGCAUGCUGGUUGCACUGAGACCCACGCAAAGCAGUGUGACCUCAGACAUUUUCCUUCAAAAGCUUCCUUGGCAUCCAUGUCCUACUGCCCCAGUUUUCUAAAUGGAGCAAGACACUUAAACUGAGGGCCUGAGAUAUUUUUUUUUUAAAAGCCUGUUUUAGGAGCAUCCUUCUUCUUACACUAGUUGUUGCAAAUCCCAUCCCAAGAUGCUGCCAUGCUCUCUAUGCAAUCUGGAGGAGAAAUGCACCAGUGCAGAACACACAUGGAGCUGCAGAUCCCAUUCUCAGUACCAGAGUCCCGAAAGACAGGUUUGGUGAUGUUCAGAAUUACUGCAACUGAGACCCACUGUAGUACCCAUGAUUCAUAGUAUCCCUUGACAUUCCAUUUUCAUUUGAAGACAACCCUUAAUAGAGCAGUUUGUAGUAUGAGUACCAACAGUAUCAUACAGUUGUAAUGUCUGAUGUCACCAGAGCAGAUUAUGGGAUGUCAUUCUCAUGGAUAUUUUACGUAUCAUAAGUAUAGUGAGUCCUUUAGCAUCUGAUGGUUUAUGAUCAAUGCCAGGAUUGUUCUCAGUGAUGUACUUAACAGAAUGAAGACAAAAACUCCCAACCAAAGAGGAUGACUGAUAAGCUUUUCCUGCAUUCUUUGUUACCCAUUGCCGGCAAGGAGUUUCACAUGGGUGAAGAAUGCAAAACUGAGCAUACAGUCUAAGUCAAGUAUUUAUUUUCUUUGUGUAGCUGUGGUUUACAUUUACUUAACCUCUGUAAAUUGUGGAUUGCAGUGUAGAUAUUGUUUUCUUAAAGUAUGGGUAGUUACAAUAUAAACACAAAUAUUUAUCAUCAUUUGAAUAUUUAUCAUCUCAGCCUUUCACGAAAAUAUAAGCAGUCCUGAAACUUCAUUCUCUCAAACACUAACAUGUAUUCUAUGAAAGUCAAAUGUUUUCAGAGUCAACAUAAUCACAGCAUCCCAGUUUUUGACCUGUGUGUUCAUUUACAGUUUGCUUAUAGCUGCUUCACAGAGAUGGAAGUUUGUAGAUUACAACAUGGUUUUAUUGAUUUAUCAGUAGCAAAAUACACUAAGUAUACUCGGUAAACUGGAUCAGCUAGCUCUUGGGCUUGUAUUGUAUAAUACCAGCUUGUUGUGGAAUACUUUAGAACAAAAUCAGAUGUUGGCAUAGUUAACAUCAAUGGUGUAAACCAGACUUGCAAAGACUAAUAUUUAGUAAGACCAAUAACACAAACAAAUUAGAUUUUGAAGUUGUUUGCCCAAUAGGAAAAAGCAUGCUGACACAGUAUUUGUAAGCUUAUAGUUAACUAUUCUUUGACAAAUUAUUAAAUAACUUUGAAAAGCAGAUUGAGUGCUCCCUGAAGAACAGCAAGAAAACUUUUUCUGCCUUGCUUUCUUUUCCAGGCUGAUAAAAUGAGUGUCACAGCAAAUAAUCAUUUACUUUAAUAUUUUAUAUCCAAAUAAAAUAAGUCUAUGGCAUUUACAUUGCCGUUACUAAAUAGU